AUUCCACAUAAUCUCCCUCGCAUAAACAGCGAUUUCUCUACCAUAGAAGAAGAAGGAGGAGGAGGAGGAGAAAGCGAAAUCUCGGUGAGGGCGACCGGAGAUUUCAGAAUCCGGCAGGGAGGCGAUGGCAGGACAGUCUCGGAAAUGGAUGAUUCUGGUGGCGACGAUCUGGAUUCAGGCGUUCACGGGGACGAACUUCGAUUUCUCGGCGUACUCGUCGGAUUUGAAAUCGGUUCUAGGGAUUUCGCAGGUUCAGCUGAAUUAUCUGGCCGUCGCUUCGGAUCUCGGGAAGGUGUUUGGAUGGUCGUCGGGGCUCGCUCUCCUGUAUUUCCCGCUCUGGGCGGUGCUCUUCGCUGCCGCGAUAAUGGGGUUCGUCGGCUAUGGCGUCCAGUGGCUCGUCAUCAGCGAUCUCAUCUCCUUGCCUUACAUCGUCGUGUUCUUGUGCUGUUUAUUGGCAGGGCUAAGUAUAUGUUGGUUCAACACCGUUUGCUUUGUCCUCUGCAUCAAAAACUUCCCUGCAAAUAGAGCUCUUGCUCUUUCCCUCACCGUGAGCUUUAAUGGCGUCAGUGCAGCCCUGUAUACACUCGCUUACAACGCCAUCAACCCGUCUUCUACCCGACUGUACCUUCUCUUGAACGCUCUUAUCCCUCUCAUCAUCUCGUUCUUCGCCCUUAUCCCGAUUCUUCGCCAGCCUCCUCUUGACCCUCUUCCCCCUGAUGGAGUUCGACGUGAUUCUCUUAUGUUUCUCUUGCUCAACAUCAUAGCCAUCUUGAACGGGGUUUAUCUCCUUCUGUUCGGGUCAAAUGCUUCUGGUGUAGCCACUGCUCGUCUUCUCUUUAGUGGGGCAAUAUUUCUAUUGAUCUUCCCGUUGUGUAUCCCUGGUCUUGUGUAUGCCCGUUCUUGGUAUCAUCGUACCAUCCACUCCAGCUUCAGCCUAGAAGGUUCUGGAUUCAUUCUUGUCGACGUUGAUGAGCUUGAGGUGCAUAAAGGAAUGGUGACUCGUGCUUCCAGUCUCGAUGACUACCAGUUGCUCAAUGAUGGAGUCUCGAACAUAGGUAUGCCCCAGAAGAGUAUGGAUGAAUGGGAAGAUAACAGUUGUUGCAGGAAAAUUGUUACAAAAGAUCAGCUGGAAAUGCUCGGGGAAGAACAUUAUUUGUCUCUGCUGGUGCGUCGGUUGGAUUUCUGGCUGUAUUAUACUGCAUAUUUUUGCGGUGGCACGAUCGGCCUUGUUUACAGCAACAAUCUUGGACAGAUUGCACAGUCCUUGGGACAGAGUUCCAACACCACCACUCUUGUCACUCUCUAUUCGUCUUUCUCAUUCUUUGGCCGACUGCUCUCAGCAACUCCAGAUUAUAUCCGAGCGAAGGUAUAUUUUGCAAGAACCGGGUGGCUAGCCAUUGCCCUCUUACCGACACCAGUCGCCUUUUUCCUCCUGGCUUCGUCUGGACACGCAUCAGCGCUACAAGCAGGAACAGCCCUGAUAGGACUAAGCUCGGGAUUCAUAUUCGCUGCUGCAGUUUCGAUCACGUCAGAGCUGUUUGGUCCGAACAGCGUAGGCGUAAACCACAACAUCCUCAUCACGAACAUACCGAUAGGUUCACUGAUCUAUGGGUUCUUGGCAGCACUGGUCUAUGAUUCUCAUGGAAUGUCGAAAAUAACGGCCGUGGCCUCGGACUCGGUCAUAUGCAUGGGAAGGGAAUGCUAUAUGCUGACGUUUGUGUGGUGGGGAUGCUUGUCGGUUCUUGGCCUAGCUUCAAGUUUUGUGUUGUUCCUCAGAACUAGACGAGCUUAUUACCGUUUCGAACAAGACCGGAUAACUUCGAGUAUGCUCUAUUCAUAGAUUGUUACCUCCGAGGAUUUUGUAUGUACAUUUGUUUUUCCUUUUUGGGUGGGAAAGUUUUGAUCUUUUUUCAGAUAUAGAAUGGGAUCUGUGAUGAACUAACGUUGGUCGGAACACUACUUGUUUGAGCUUAUAAUUUUAUGGUCUUUGUCAUUAAUGAAGUAAUUACCGUCUUGA